AUGACGAGCGAGGAGGGCUUUGAAUCCCAGGUGUUGGGCCAAGAGGCGCUGCCGCAGUACCUGGAGGAUCAGGCCCAGGGCCUCUCGCGGCUCAGCUUCCGGAUCUGCAGCGAGGGCCGCUGGGUGCAGGCGCCAGACAACCCUGCAGACGCUGAGCUGAAUGCGACCCUAGCGAGGCUAAGGGUGGUGACCUACAACGUGUGGUUUUGCGAGUAUCGUCAGAAAAUGCGUGCGGCGGCCAUCUUCAGGAUUUUGGAGGCCUCGGAGGCGGACGUCAUCUGCCUGCAGGAGGUCACGCCCAAGUUCUUGGGUUGGCUGCGCCAGGAGCCCUUCGUGCAGGAGCACUUCGCGCUGAGCGACGCCGUCGGCACCACGCUGCAAGGCUCGAAGCUGGCCUACGGCGUGCUGCUGCUGCUGCGGCGCUCCUCGCUGCGGGGCGGCGAGCUGCGGCUCUGGCACCUGCCCUCGCGCAUGAACAGGUCGCUGCUGGUGGCGGAUCUGCCUCUGGCGCAAGCUCGGCUGCGGCUGGCCACCGUGCACUUGGAGUCGGACUCCAGGGCGAGCCGGAUCGCGCAGCUGAGGCAGAUCCUGCAGCACUUGGAGAAAGGCGAUGUCACGGUGCUGGCCGGAGACAUGAACUUCGCCGACGGCGCCCCCGAGGAGGUGCUCCUGCGCCAGGCGGAGUUCCGGGACUGCACGGAGAAGUCUGGCUGCACCAUGCCGCGUUCCGAUGCGGACGGCCGUCCAGCGCGCCUGGACCGGGUGCUGGCUGCGUCAGGAGCCGGUGCUUGGCACCUGGUCCCCACGCGAGUGGAGCUCUUGGGCACCGAGCCAAUAGAUCGAGGGGAAGCCGCGAGCAUGCCGGCGAGCUCGCCGGCCGCGGCGCGCCGGGGCUCCUCGCCCUCGAGCGAGGCCACUGACCCGGAGAUGCCGGCCCUGAUCCCCCUGCUCCCGGGCGAGCCGGCGCUCAGCCGUGGGCCCUCGGACCACUACGGCGUGCUUUGCGACUUCGAGCUGGUCCAGCGAAAGGAACACAUCCCGGCCGGGGCCGACCCACGGCGACCCACGGCGAGCCAGGCACAGAAGGCACGCCUCGACCCGCUGUGA